AUGUCAAGUGUUUAUUCUUCUAAUAACUUUUCAUGUAGUCAUCUGAAUCGUACAAAUUCUUCAUUAUCUCUUCAAUCAUUGGCAAAUGAUGUUUACACAGAAAAUAUACAACUAGAUGAUUUGGCGGCGCCAAAUCAUGGUUGCUACUGUUUUAAACUACCUCCGAUUCGAUUGAAAACAAAGAGAUUACAUCAUCAUCACGCUGACAGUCAGUCAAAUGAAAUCCUCCAGCCUGUAUUCUCUCAAGGUAAUACAGGUGAAAAUCAAACCAUAUUUACUGUCAGUAUAGUAAAUAAUGAACAAUACAACCCUAUACAACCAUUAUAUCUUCCAAAUGAACCAAUUAAAGACAUGAUACAACAAUUCACUUCAAAGAAUUCAACUAGUAAACCUAGUAUAUCUUCAAUUAAACUUGAUGUUCCUGUCUUAUCAUUAACAAAUCAAGUAAAUGAUGAUAAUAUUGAAAAGAGACAUCAGUUAAAAAAAUAUAUUUCUCUUAAUAAAGUUCAUUUAGCAGUAAAAAGUUUAUGUAAACGAUGUAAUUGGAAUUGUUUUGCUAUAAGGAAACAGCAUACAAAGCAAUUAAAACUGCCUAUCUGGAAUAUUAUAUGGUAUUUUAUAACUACCUUAUUCAUUACUGUAUCUAUUUCAACUUUUAUACAAACUGUACCGAAUAUUUAUGUUUUCACUGAUUGGAAUAAUUCAAAUUAUCAGGAACUUGUGAAUCCACCAUCAUUGGCUUCCUAUUCUAUAUCAUUUUGGUUAAUCCUAAUCUAUCCAAUAUACCUCAUUAUCAUUUUAACAUUCCGUACGGAAUCAAUAACAAUAAGUGAAAUGAUCAUGCAAGACACUUUAAUUGUAGCUAGCGAUCAACCAAAAGUUAUGAAAGUUAUUGCUAGAUGUUGUCUUCUGUCAAGUCUUUGGCAAAUAUUUAUCCACUGUUACAUACGUAGUCUACGCAUUGUAACAACAAUUGAUUGUGCUGCAAUCACAGCUGUAUUACCUUGCUUUACAUAUUUAUUAUCCUGGAUUAUUGUUCAUAGACGAUUCUGUGCUUUACGGGUUAUUGCAUUUAUAAUGGCUUCCAGUGGUGUCAUCCUUAAUAUAUAUAGUGAUUCAAUAGUAAUGUGGUAUAAAUGUUUAACGAGUAUGGCGGUAAUUACUUUCUCUCUAUUCACAGUUAUUUUGAAACGUAUCAGCACUAAACCUUCUUUUGGCCAAACUGCUUGUUUCUACUUUGCUUUGGGUUUAUUCAACAUUUUUACAACUUGGCCGAUUGUUUUAUUCACCUCUAUACUCACUUCAACAGAAACAAUAGUCUGGGCAUAUUUACCAUGGUAUCAUUUUAUUGGUAUUGGAGUUUCCUAUUUAGGUAUCAUAAUUUCAAUGGAUAUGAGUUGUCGUAAAUCAAAGAGAGUUAUAAGAUCGAUUCAACCUCUGUGUGCAUUACCGAUAUGUAUAGUCUAUGAAUUAUUUUGGAUGAAGCAAAGAUUUAUCAUGUCGUCAGUGCAGAUUUCAAGUUUAGUUUUAAUUACUAUUGCUUGUCUACUGAACGCAUUUCCAUCAAGUUGGCAAAAGCAUAUUGCAAGAGUAUUGAAAAAGAAUCGUUCACCUAAAUCUCAAUUGAAUACAAGUAAACGUUCAAUUAGUUCAGUUUUAAAGAGUAAAACAUCAAUAAUUGUAACAUCAACUGGACGUAUACCAGUGUCUAGUACUCAAAGAUCUUCAAUUAUUCAAGGAAAUCCUAAUGUGGUGAACUCAGUCUUCAAUGUUAUCAACACGAAUACAAUACGUCCAUUAAGUGCAGAAUCAAUACAACAUGAAAGUAAUAUAAAUUCAAUGAGAACGAAAAGUUAGUAUGAUUCUUCACUGUAUAAUUGUUAUAUAAAGAGAUAAAUAAACUGGAAACCUACUAAACAGUUCAACACUUG